AUGAGAUCACGUGCGGCUAUACAGACUUCGCGGGCCGGAGAUACUACUUGCAUUGCUUUCUACGUUGACCUGACCUUGUCCGUUUGGGAUCCCUCCUUAAGUGAGCUAUACUAUAUAAUCAAGUGCUCCCAACUCAGGAAUCUAAUAUCGUUUGAUCAUUCCCAUCCCCACCCCGGUCUUGAUACUUUCAUCCACACAGCCAAGCUUCGCAAGAGCUGUUUCCGCCUCAACCUCCCAAUUGACAGACCGGUGGCCUCAAUCAUAUUCAACAUCAUGCCUCCACCAGCCCCUGCCAACGAUGAAGCCCACCAGCAGCUGUUGAACACUUUAGACAUUUCACAUGUCCCCAAGCCCUUCCGCAACCCUCACUGGAAACCGUCCCAGCGACGCAACAAGAACCUCAAGCAGAUUAUCUCGGAGGCCUCCCGGAAGGAGGCAUCAGUGAUGGCAACUCAAGCCAACUCAGGGGCAACUACACCGGGCAUCUCGGGCGUGGUCACCGAUGGUACACAAACCCCCGCGGAAGGGGCUGCACCCAACCUGUCCCAGGCCACCCAAAACCUCUCGACUCUCGUAUUGGAGAAGAAUGCCCGGGCCACAUUCCAGACUGGGCCCGCCGUCACCUACACGAAUAUCGAGUCGGCCCCAUCAUUUAACCCUGCCUACCGGCGUCACUACUGCGACAUCACGGGCCUGAGCGGACCGUACACCGACCCCAAGACCCGGCUGCGGUAUCACGACAAGGAGAUCUUCAAGGUGAUCCGGACUCUGGCUCAGGGUGUUCCCGAAAACUACCUGGAAGCGCGCGGGGCGCACACCAUUCUGAAGUAA